AUGCGCUUAAAACACAUCUUUAAUCACAACCGGCAUUCAACAAAACAUUCACGAUCAAGCCAUGUUCGAAGCAGGCAGCCCUCAAUUUCGACACUUUUUUGUUCUUUAAUUACUGUGCUUGCUUCAACAACACUUCCAGUCGAUGCCCAGAUUGAUAUCCAACAAGUUCAAAUCCCUACAAUAUCAGGAUCUAUGGGAUCUAUGGGUAUUGUGGGCCGUUAUGAGGGUAUCUCAAAGUAUCAAUUUGUAGGCCAACAGUCUGAACAAACUUUAAAUAAUACUUUUUUUGAUUCCAUUAUAGCGCAAGUUGAUGGACAGUAUUAUUAUACGAUUAAUACCUGUAAUGGCCAUAUUUAUACUUCUUGCCAAAUUGAUGAUCUUAUCUUUUUUCAAGGGAACUUUUCUUCUUUUGGUUCGGUAAAAACAUCAAUUGGUCUCGCACAGUUUAAUGUUUCAUCCACAGAACUAGACAUAAUACCCAACUCAGAAAAUCUUUUUCAAAGUAGCAAUACUUCAAAUAUUUAUACACUAUUCUGUGAUACUCAAAAUAAAUUUCUAUAUCUUGGAGGUAACUUUUUCUUUCAAAACGCUACUGGUACUGCAGUUUAUGACCUUAACUCGCAAAGCUGGGACCUUCCUGCUUUUGGCGGUUUUCCUAAUGGAAGUAUUAUCAAUUCUAUUAUUUCUACAGAUCCUUCUGCUGAACAAUCUACUAUUAUUUUUGGAGGAAAAUUUUCCGGUCUUGCUAAUGAGUCUCUUAUUUCCAAUUCAUCAUCUGAAAACCCUGAAACUAUUGAAAUUCAACGCAUCUCUUUUACUCCGGCAACAAUAUACGCAGAUGGCUCUGCCGAAGAUUCAAAUCCACGUUCCAUAAUUUGCCCAUCGGGCUCUCAAUCUAAUUGGGAAAUGUCAGCUGACCGUGUAGGAUCGUGGAGCGCUGAAUGGCCUUUUUAUUUAAACCCAACUUCCAUUCGUCUUUAUAACCUUGAUGAUUCUAAUAAUGGUCUUAGCCUAUUUCGUGUUUUGUCAUUCCCUUCAAAUAGCAUCAUGAAUUUGACAUAUGUCAAUCAGUCUUCUAACUCUGUCGUUUAUUGUGAUGCAUGGUGUCCUCUUCCUCAUUAUUCAGAACAAGAAUAUGUUGAUUUUACUUUUGUAAAUGUCGUUGGUACUAAUACGAUUCAAAUUGAAAUGCUUGAUUCAUAUGGCUCCUAUGCAGGUCUUUCAGGAAUUGAACUAUUUCAACGAGAUUCUUAUACUUUCGCUAAUGAUAGUUUUAAUUAUCAAAUUGAAUGUGGUCAGGCAUCGCUUUUUACUCCGACAACCAAACUUAAAGGAUCAUUUCAAUCUCCCAGUGUUAGUGCGUCCACUUAUGUCACUUCUUAUAUUACUGACCAAAAUCAGCUUUCGGAAGUUGCAGUAAUUUACGAGCCUAACAUUACAGUUUCUGGAAAUUAUACUAUUAAACUUUACACACCGGGUUGUGUUCAAGAUGGAACUUGUGUCACUAGAGGCGGUGUGAAUGUCACUAUUGAGCCAGGAACAAAUUUACCCAUAUCCACUGUCAUUCUUUAUGAGACAAAUUAUUACGACAAGUAUGAUCUGAUUUACAAUGGUACAAUGGAAAAGAUAACAUCGAACUAUCGUCCUAAAAUUACAGUUCAACCCAUACUAGAUCAACAAGUUCCUGUCACUUUUGUUGCUGACCGUCUUCAAACAAUCCUUGUAUCUGUUGAGAAGGGAUUGACUAUUAGAAAUAUUUUUGAAUAUUCGCCAUCAAAUUUCACUACAAACUCGUACUCCCCAGUUGGUAAUACGACAAUCAAUCAGGUUGGUUCACUUCUCAGCAAGGACUCAGAAAUUUACGCGUUGUCUCUUGCCAACGCCUCUUCUAUUUAUGUUGCUGGCAAUAUAUCUUCUGAGUCACUAGGUUAUAAUAUUUUCAAAAUCGAUAAUUCUGCAAAUAGUGCUGGUGCUAUUCCUUUUCAAGAUUUUGGACUUAAUAAUAUCGUGACAAAUCUUGUUCAUGUCAACAAUGAUACAACUUUAGUAUUAGGAAACUUUACUAACUUGGGAAAUUCAUCGGAAUCAAGCUCAUUCAAUUACGCAACUUUUUUAGAUACCUUGAGCGGAACAUUUUCUUCUUUAGGAAAUGGUACAAAUGGCCCUGUUUUAAGAGCAUCCCUUUUUAACCUUAAUGGAACUGAUGUAUAUGUUUUAGAGGGCAACUUUUCUCAAAUUAAGUCAGCAAAUACAACUUAUGAUCUUUCUGAUGGGACACUGCCUAUCUGGGUUACAGACCAAGAUGCUUGGAUUUCGGAAUCAACAUUCAACACCAUUUUUAUUCAAGGCCGUGUAACAGCCUCUUCAUAUUUCAACGAUACAAAUUAUUAUACUGGUUACUUACGAGUAUUGACUUCUCUUUCCUCUGGUGCUUCCUACACCGAUGCUCAGUUCAACCUGAGACCUAUGCCUUUUACAUUUAUCACUAGCAAUGGUGCCUCCAACUCCACCGAAGAAAAUACAACUCUUAAACGUCGAUCUGUUCUUCCAUCUACUGAUGGAAAUACUCUUUAUACUGGAACUUUUGCUAAUUCAUCUUUUUCUAUUAUGGGUGGCCAUUUCAAUGUUAAAGCUAAUGAUAAUCUUAUUUAUUCUAAUUUGGUUAUGACUACCGAAGAUGAUCAAGUUUAUGGUCUCCCAAAUAACACUAUUGAAAAUUCUUCUACAUUCUACUCACUUUAUGUUUCUGGCAAUAUCUUAUAUGCUGGUGGACUGAUAACUGGAACAGUAAACAGCAAUACUGUUUCAGGACUUGUUUUUUACGAUCUUUUUGCUAGGUCAUAUACACAGACUCAACCUCCAGGUCUUAGCGGAGGUACUGGUGUUGUCAAUAGUAUUACAAAACAACCAAAUUCAAACCUUCUAAUUGUUGCGGGUGGUUUCCAACUUGCUGGAAGUCUUUCUUGUAGUGCUAUGUGUAUCUAUGAUUUAGAGAGCACUCGUUGGCAAAGCCCUACCCCAGGUCUUGGAGGUGAAGUGACAUCAAUGAUAUUUCUAGGGAAUGAUAUUGUUGUACUUGCUGGUGAUUUGACGUUAAAUAACACUAGCAUAUAUUUAGCUUCAUAUGACUUCAAUUCUCGAUCUUAUACGACAUAUGGAGAGCAAUCCACAGGUCUUCCUGGUCCCGUUAGCAGUAUUGUUUUAAAAUCGAAUGAUUUGGACUCAGUUUUUGCAGCAGGAAUUGAUACAAGUACAAAAGAUUCUUAUAUUACUUACUGGAAUGGCAGUACUUGGUCUCGAAUUGACACCCAAUUACAAAACGGGACAAUAAUAAGUGAUUUGGCUUUAUUACAAGUGGAAACUUCUCAUAAUACUAAUUCUCUUCUUUUUGAGAAUGAGGUUCUUCUAUUAUCUGGAAAUAUUAUUGUACAAGAUUUUGGCAGUGUAUCAUCUGCUAUGUUUGAUGGCGAGAGUAUCACUCCUGUAUUUCUUACUGCUAAUAAGGAUGGAACUUCCGGAGCAAUAAAUUCUUUUUUCACACAACAGAAACUAGUUUUUGGCAAUCCUACAGUCAAAAAACACAUGAAAAAAGUAUUUGUAAUUUUAAUAUCUCUAGCUAUUGCUAUAGGAUUGACAUUUAUAAUUAUGGCACUUGGAUUAGGCAUAGCAUAUUUAAGACGACGACAAGAGGGAUACAUACCAGCCAAUAGUCGUGUUUCAGAGAUGGAUAUGGCUGAAACUAUACCACCAGCAGAACUUUUAGCUGAAAUGAAGCAUGUACCAGAUCAUGAAAACCAUACCAAUUAUGAGUCCCCUAAGCUACAUUCUAGCCGGUAA